AGCCUGGCUCAUUAUACUGCCUUUAGAAGUUAAAUUGACCUGUAUUUUCACGUUCAUCGAAAAAUCUACCCGGCAUUUAAACUUGGGGUACAUUGUGCAAGGACGGAAGGAUAUAGAUUUUUCAUUUCCAAACUUCCCACUGGCGUUUUUUACGGGUUCUGUAUAUUAGGAGUCGUCGAUUAGAUACUUUUUACGUCGACGCCUUCAUUGUUUUAGUAGACAUGCAUUGAGGGAUAGAAAUAGCAGUCCAGGAUGAAGACUGCAAUACUUCAGGGGAACACGUGAGAGAACAAACUACAGCCAGCAGAAUGACUGAAAUCCCAGCGUAUCUUUUGGGGCGUUCACGCCGCCUUCACCAGGCAGAACACAAUACUGAGCUGACUCUGGCAAACGAAAAUUCCGGGGGAGGGUCCACGGAAGAUGGCGACUUUAAACAACUCAGAAAAGUCCGAGAGAAGCGACGGAAGGAAAGACAACUGGAAAAAGAUGAGAAUUUGGAAAUUCAGCCUGAGUUGAUAAUGUCCGAGGUGCGACACAACAAAAAAUCGCAUAAUUCAAACGGACCUCGACCAAUUUCUGCAAGUAGACAAAAGAAAUUCGAGGAUCUCCGAAAAAAAAUGUUCAAAUCCGUCAAAGAAGACGAUAAUGAUUCUCUGGUUAGUUGCAUAGAGGAAGUCAAUAGGCUAAUACCAUUCUCAGAUGCGGUAAUGACAAAUCCAAAAAAUAACGAGAAUGUGCUGAAUUACGCCCUUUCAAAGAAGUUAUUUGAAAAAGCUAGUCUAAUCAUCGAUAGAGGGGACGAAACUCUGCUACAGAAUGCUUUUUCGGUUGGUUCUACAACGAAAACUGCUUUACUCCAAGUCACCGAGACCAGUCAGAUUGACCUUGCCAAAAAGAUCCUUUCUCGUCUGAAAGAUGCCAAGAAAGCCAUGACAGCAAACACUAAAAUCGAGAUGACUGACCAACGUCCCCGAGAAUUCUCCUGUCUUCAUCUAGCUGCAUUUUAUGGCUAUACAGAACUUGUCAAGUUUUACUUGGAAUAUGGCCAGAAAUAUGGAAUUUCAGUGGAUUUCCCCAAUAAGAAGAAGGAUACAGCAUUAUUGUGGGCAACGAAAUGCGGGCAUAUAAAUACAGUAUCUUUUCUUUUGGAACAGGGCGCAGAUCCCAAUAAGGGGAAUGACAAAGGAUCCACGGCAUUUUAUUGGGCUAUUCGCUACGAACACACAGACAUUGUAAAACUACUUUUGAACAACAGACACAAGAAGGUGGACAUUCACAAAGAACGAAAGUUAGGACUUGUCGCUCCAAUUGUUCUUGCUUCAGCUUAUGGUAACAUUGAAAUAGUCAAAAUGCUCUUGAAACAUGGUGCCAAUAAGGAUCACGUGAUACCAGGAAGUCAGACACCGCUUCAUCUUGCCUGCAAAGAGGGUCAUGUUAAAGUAGUAGUAGAGCUACUCAAGUAUAAAGCGGACUUUCGUUUUCAAGAUGAUAAAGGAGAUUGUGCAAUUUUACUUGCUGCACGAUACGGUAAUGCAGAUAUAGUACGCAUCCUGUUGGAUCUUGAAGAUGACCCUGCUCGCCGGAAUAACUUGGGACAGGACACUUGGUACUACGCAAUUAAUAGCAAGGACUUAUCUUUGCUAAAGGUGCUUAUGGAAUAUGGAAGUCGUUCAUCCUCAGAAUUACGAGUGUCCAGGGAUCCCCUCGGACGUCCUCACUUUUUCACUGCAGCAGGUCAUGGUCACAUUGAAAAGAUAAAAUACUUGUUUAAAUCAGGCCAUGACCCAAAUGAUCGUGAUAGUGAUGGCAACACUUUUCUUCAUCAUGCCGUUUCAUUUAACCAAAUCGAGGUUAUUAAAACUUUUCACAAGUAUAUUCCAGUGGAUACACAGAAUGAUAAGGGAGAAACUUGUCUCCACAUUUCUGUUAAUGCUGGGUUUGUCCCGUGUACUCAAGCGCUCCUUGAAGUCAACGCCAGCACAAAUGUUCCAAAUGCACGAGGAGAAAAUAUAUUGCAUAUUGCUGCAAUGUCCAAGCACACAACACCAGAAGUCGCUAAAAUGUUGGUGGAUCACACAAUAAAGACCCACGAUUGGGAAAGUUUGAACGCAGUUGAUAAAUUUGGAAACAACGCGCUACACAUCGCAGCUAAGUUUGCUAAACCCGAUGUUCUCUGGGAAUUUCGCUAUCUGAGAUUUAAGGAUCUAGAUGAAGAUGGAAACACACCUUUGCACGAGGCAGUCCGAAAGGGGGAAGAUUCCGAAGGCCUUGAAACUAUGCUGGACAUUUUCGAAGUCAUGGAUCGUGACGGAAAUGUCAACGAACCAAAUAACAAUAAAGAGACCGUUCUUCAUUUGGCUGCAUUGGAGGGAUACCACAACACUAUUCGGCGUCUGUGUUAUCUGAGAGCUGAUCUGGAUGCACAAGAUAAGGGUGGAAAUACAGUGCUUCACAAAUUGAUAUACGCAAUGGCAAAUGACCCAGUUCACUGUAACCGCUAUUUGAAGUCGUAUGAAACAAUUUUUGACGAAUGCGCCCGUUGGUGGAUGAGAAAAAAAAGUUACAAGGUUUCAGAUACUGGAAAAAACAAUAUGACCCGUUUCAGACGUCAAGCGAUGGUUUAUCUGAUGACAUCAAUGAAGAACAAUAUGAACUUUUCGCCUUUCACUUUAGCAUGCAAACUGGGAAUCCAUGAAAUUCUUUCCCGUUACUUGAUGACGGAAAACCUCACUGUUUUCCACGAAGGUGACAAUGUUUUAUUUGAUGUUACAAAUGUCAUGCCCAUGACUGCCCAGGAUCUGUCACAGAAAUACUUCUCUGUUAACUCGACUGGGAAAAUCAAAUCUGAACUAUCAGGAUUAGAAAUUCUAAUGAGGGGAACAAACAAGGAAAGGGCGACACGAAUUUUAGAUAUUCCAUCAAUGAAAGAAGUGGAGAAAAUAUACAACGUACUAAACGCACUGACUUUCUCAGUUUUAACUGUGUUACACAUCUUGUACAUGGGUCUUUUCAGUUAUGCAGGGUUGGAACUAUCGAAGGAAUUUCGUGAAAACCCGAUCAAUAUCACGACAGACAACGCAGUGUAUAUUCUUGCAUACACAGUGGUACCGAUGGAGCCGCUCAUAUUCCUGCUGUAUUUUCUUUUGACGGUCAUUGCCACAUUCAAAAGCGGGGAUUUUUCUCGUCCGGUGUCGCGUGUGCUGCCCUUUAUCUUUUAUCUAACUUUUUCCUGUUUGGUAAUCGCUUGGUUGGUGCUUAUUACAACCCAAGAACGUUACCAGGACUACAUUUUGGCUAUAUGCCUCUGUUUGGGGUGGGUAUACACAAUCAAUUUCACUCGUGGCUUCAAAGCUAUCAGCUAUUUUUGGAGAAUGAUUCUCAACAUGAUUGUAAGCGAUGUCCGAAGGUUCCUAAUAGUCUAUGCCUGCGUCCUUUUGGCGUUUGCUUUCGCUCUCCAUGCUAUUUUCCAGAUAUCUUCCACAAUUGCAAGUACAUAUCCAACGAUGGCUGAUACCAUAUUCCUGGUUUUCAAUGUCAUGGUAGGGAUGGGUGAAAUUUUUGAUGAUAAUUUUGAGACGGGUAUGGGUGACGUCGGUCGAACGACAUGGUUUGCCAAAGCUGUCUAUGUUAUUUAUUUGGUGUUGGCAACCAUUGUGCUGCUAAAUAUGCUCAUUGCAAUGAUGAAUGACUCAUAUUCUCAAACGCUUGCUGUUCAGAAAUACCAUUGGCGGGUGGACUCAGUACAAAUAGGCGUGAAUAUAGAGAGGCUAUUACCAUGGCUACCAAAAAUGUUUUCUAAAAUCCAACAUCGAAGUAUUCCAGGGGAAGGUGAAGAUUAUGGGGUUAAGAAAUAUUACAUAGUGCUCACUGCAGAACAGUUUGAAGACAAAUAUGGCCAAACAUUUGAUAUUGAAGGUGAACAAAAUAAGGAUCAGCUUCGGGAAAAUUUUGUAAAGGUUAACAGAAGAAUGGAUGAGACCGAUCAACAGCUCAACACUAUUAGAAACAAACUGGAGGAAUUGGUGUCAUUGAUAGAACAAAAGAGUCAAAACUAGCUAAUUAAUAAAAAAAAAAGUAUUGAAUUUAUCCGAAUGGAACUUAUAGGGAAAUUAUUCAUGUAUCGUAUUUUUUUCAAUCUUUCUCUCUUAUGUAGUAUUUAUAUUUGUAAUUUUAAUUUAUAGAUUCUUUUGAUAUUACACUGUUUAUUAUGUAUGGUAAUUUGCAGAUGCAGAUCACGUGAACAGCUUGAUGCCACACUAAACUACAAUGUAAUAUUUCCUGUUCCAUUUAGAACAACUAUCUGUGAUAUGUAAUAAUUGAUAGUAUGUGAUAUUAUUAUGCAAUAUAUAUUUUUAUAAGGGUUUUUAUUCGGAGAAUUUUGCUCCUGAAUUUAUACCUUUUAACUAGUUUUGUUGUCCAACAUGUGCGAUAAGCAUUACUUUGAAGCAAAUAUCAAAACAAAGGGGCGCACCGAAGAAUCGAAAGUAGAAUAAUUCUCUCGACAUAAGCGAUGGCAGUUUCUGGAUUUUUUCCUUAUCUCAUAAACUAAAGAGUUCCAAUACAAAUCUUGACACAAGAAGAGAACAAAAUUAGUAAUGCAUGUAUGUAGAUGCGAAUAUUUUCAUUUCAGAAGUUUGUCCAUGUGUAACAUUGCAAUGAACCAUACUAGAGGGAGUUCAGUUUUAAUUAACAAAUAAUAUAUUUAGAGUUGUUUCUAGGAUAAUAUGUCAGAACUUAAUGUUUAUGAGAAGACGAUAUCUUGUAAAGUAUUCUGAUGCAAUUGUUUUAUUAUGAUGUUAAAUAAUAUCACUUUUAAAACAG